UUUUCAAAAUUGUUUUUAGGCAAUCAAAAAUAUUUAAAGAAAAUUUCUACAAAAAUGACGUUAUUUUCAUCAAAACCAGCCAAUUCUCUUCUUUAUCCUGCCUAUCAAUUUUUGACGCAAUUAAGAAAUAGUGGAAGUGGACGUUGGUAUCCUCAACCUUUUAAUGAAAUGAGCAGACACAGAACUCGCCCUCCAACUUACGGCAUUCAACGACGAACAGAAUUGGUUUGCAUAGACAAUUCAGAAAUUGGGAAGGAUGCGAAUAUGAGUGGAAGAUUGGCCUAUUGCAUUUGGGUGUACAAAAGAGGAUACAGGAAGAGGCAUAUGCCUAAAGCUGAACUUGGAGAUAAGAUACUCGUUGCAAUACGAGGCGAGAUGCGUAGGGCAAUCGUUGUUGGUGCAACACAACACGCUUUUAUUAGAAAACAUGGAAUUCCUUCAACAGACACAAACAAUAUUGUUCUUUUGGAUGACAAAGAAAAUCCAAUAGGUAAUCGUGUUCUUGGUCCAAUGCCUUCUUAUUUGAUGCGUUUGCGUGAGAAACAGCCAAUUUUACAAAAAGUUUGUGCUUUAGGCAAAAAAUUCUUUUAA